AUGUCAUUAAAAACUCGUUUCGCGUUGAAAUUCUUAAAGAAUAUUCCAUAUAAAAGAAAGGAUUGGCAAUGUUCUGCAUAUGCUGCCAGAUUUUUUUCGGAAGAAACCAGAGAUGAUGCACUCAAAAAGAAAACAACAAUGGUUUCAAAGGCAGAUAUUCAAAAAAGCCCUCAAUUGCUUUCAAAACUUUUUCCACAAACAGCAGUCACUGAUCAGUCAGAUACACAAAUGCAUAAAAAAAAAGAAGAAGAAGAAGAGAAAAAAGAUCAAGACAAGCAAUGGAAACGAAUGAAGCUUGGAUUCUACAUUUUUGGAGUUUCUGCAGCUGGCUUUAGUUUGUUCUCAAUAUAUGAACUUGGCCAACCUCAGAAAGAUCAUGAAGGGAAUAUAAUCGAAGAUCAAUUUAGUCACCUGUCAACAUUUGAGCAGUAUAAAAGAAGAAUACUUGCAUCUUUCAAUUAUUAUCAAAAAUUUGUACAAGAACCAUCGUACCAGAAACUUCUUCCCGAUCCUUUGAAACAUCCUUAUGUCCAGCCAAAAUAUACACUUGUUUUAGAGAUGAAAGAUGUACUUGUUCAUCCUGAUUGGACUUAUCAAACCGGUUGGCGCUUUAAGAAACGUCCCGGUGUGGAUCACUUCCUUGAACAGCUUGGACGUAUCUUUGAAAUAGUUGUAUAUACUGCUGAUCAUGGUAUGACUGUUUUUCCUGUACUUGAUGCUCUUGAUCCAAAUGGUUUCAUAAUGUACAGAUUAGUUCGUGAUGCAACGCACUUUGUUGACGGACAUCAUGUCAAAAGUCUAGAUAAGCUUAAUAGGGAUUUGAGCAAAGUGAUUGUAAUAGAUUGGAACGCUCACUCUACAAAAUUUCAUCCUGAAAAUUCCUUCAAUAUCCCUCGUUGGAAUGGCAAUGAUGAUGAUACAACGCUUUUCGAUCUCACUUCUUUUUUGAAAACAAUUGUAACUGCUGAUGUAGACGAUGUUCGUGAGGUUAUGCUUUAUUAUAAACAAUUUUCCGACCCAAUUGAGAAAUUUAAAAGCAACCAGCAAGCCAUGACUCCAACAGAUAAAACAUACGAAUCUAAGGUAGUAGAUCAGUUCAUUCAGCUUAUAAAUUCUUCGAUUGCUCACCAAAGUCAUCAAGUUGAGAAGGAAACUGCGAUACUAUAUUUGUCAGCUCGAAAGUUUGAUCUCCAAAAAGCUAUACUAUUAUAUGAAGCUAAUAUAAGUACACGAGAACGAGAAGGACUCUUUGGAAUAAACACUAACGCUGAUCCAUUACGUUCAGAGCUGGCAACAGGAAAAUUCACUGUUUUGUCAAGUCGUGAUGUGAGUGGAGCAGCUAUAUCAAUUUUCACAGCUCGUUUGCAUUAUCCCCAUCAAGUAACUCAUAAAACAACUCUACAAGGAAUUGUUUAUCAACUUGAUGCAGCUUUGAAAUCACCAAAUACUCAAAGAAAUGGUCUUGUCUUCAUAUACGAUAUGAGUGGAUCAAAAUAUUCAAAUUUCGAUUAUGAUCUUUCUCAAAAGAUUUUAAAUAUGCUAAAGGGCUGUUAUCCUGCAAAACUGAAAAAGGUUCUCAUUGUUACAGCUCCUUUGUGGUUCAAGGCUCCUUUCAAAAUUCUACGGCUUUUUGUUCGUGAAAAAUUACGUGAUCGUGUGUUUAUAGUGUCUGUUCCUCAACUGAAUCUGCAUUUUCCGAAAGAAUCCCUUCCUAUUAAUUUAGGUGGAACGUUAGAAGUAGAACAUUUCAAAUGGUUAAAAUAUUGCGAUCAUUUAAUGACAAUCCAAAACCAAGAUGAUCUCUUUCAAUCAAUGUCUGUGAAAUUGCAACCGUAUGAUGAAAAUUCUAUUUUAAAAGUCAAUGAUUUUGUUUAUGAGAUUAAAACGGACUCAUCUAUGGAAAAACAGUCAUGCUCUUUAUCAAGAAAUAAUACAAACUUCAGAAAAUCAGAUUGCGAUGAGAAUAAUGGAGUCAUUUCUCAGCAACAUUGGCCUGAACAUCCAUCUUCUUCAGCAUCACCGUCAAGUGGAUUCAGUGACGACGAUAGUCUUGCAGGGACAAAUGAUGUUAACUACGGCAAAACCAUUCAACAAUUCGCUGAAAUGGUUAAGAAAAUGGAGAAAAAAGGAUUAAUUAAAGAAUAUGCGGAAAUUCGGAGUAAUCAACCAGAUGGUUCAUUUGAAAAUGCAAGAAAUCAAAAUAAUUUAACUAAAAAUCGCUAUACAGAUGUUCUUUGUUACGACCAUAGUCGGGUUAUCUUAUCUGUGGAUGAAAAUGAUGACGAAAAGACCUCAGCAACUGAUUACAUCAAUGCAAAUUUCGUAGAUGGAUAUAAACAAAAGAAUGCGUACAUUUCAACACAAGGACCGCUACCGAAAACAGCUCAAGAUUUUUGGAGAAUGGCAUGGGAACAAAAAUGCUUAGUAAUUGUAAUGACAACAAAAACGAUGGAACGAGGUAGAUUGAAAUGUCAUCAGUAUUGGGAAGAAAAAGUUGAUCAGUCCAUCACAUACGGUAUCUUCUCUAUCAAAACUAUCAAAAGUGAAUCAAAUUUGAAUUACACAAUUAGCUCAUUAGAGAUAAAAAACUUAAAGACUGAAGAAAUCCGAAAAAUUUCACACUGGCAAUUCACCAGCUGGCCUGAUUAUGGCGUCCCAUCGUCAGCCUUAGCAGUGUUAACAUUUUUGCAAGGAGUACGAGAAAAACAAGCGGAAAUGUUAGAAGAAUUCGGAGAAAAAUGGGAAGGACAUCAACGAGGGCCCCCAAUUAUAGUUCAUUGCAGUGCAGGAAUUGGACGAACAGGUACCUUCAUAACUCUAGAUAUUUGCAUAUCGCGUUUGGAAGAUGUUGGAACAGUAGAUGUUCGAGGAACUGUUGAAAAAAUUCGAGGACAAAGAGCAUUCUCAAUUCAAAUGCCUGAUCAAUAUGUUUUCUGUCACCUUGCUUUAAUUGAAUAUGCAUGGUCUCACAACCAUCUUAGCUUGAAAAUAACUCUAGAUGAUUUCAACAAUACUGAAAAUAGUGAUUCAGACUAAAUCUUCUUAUAUUCUCAACAUUGACCUUUUUACCCCUAAAGUUUCAGCCGUAUUCAUAGAAAUAUGUAUAAGAAAAUAUAUGCGAUUGAAUAAGAUUUCAGAGGAAUUAUUUUAAAAAUACAUAUGCAUACAAAUGAUAAUAACAUUGAAUAAUAAAAUAAAUAAUAUUAAAAAUAAAAAUUGUAAUAUUAAUAUAAUUUAUUAUUUAAAAAAUAAAGCAAAUUAUUAAAAUAUUAUAAAAAUAAUAACUGUAAUAAAAAUAAAAAUUAUAAGUAAUUUUCUUAUGGAAUGUUUUUCAAUGUGCAUCAUAAUAUG